GGUGAAAAUAACCGGUUCUUAUAAGUGGCAACGAAGAUGUCGACGUUUGACAGAAAAGCUGAAUUAGAGAUGAAGAAAGCGAAACUAGCUAUUCUUAGGGAAAACAAAAUUAAAAGAGACAAGGUGAAGAUUGAUGGAACAAAUGGGGGAACUCAGGAUAACCUCAACAACUAUGGUUCGGCCCAAGUUCUUAGGAUUGAAACUGAAGAGUUAUUAAGAACUCUUGGGAUUGCUGUUUCUGAUGAACCGUUGUCUCAGGUUUCAGACGAUCGUAUUCUCUCUAAAGGGACUUCGGAUCCACCACAUACGAAAACGGAUAGCCAGAAAAAACGCAAAAGUUUGGGGUUUUCUCAAAUAAACGAAAUCAGUGUUCCUCCGAAAGAGAAUAUAUCUUAUUCUAAAAUCACUCAAACAUUUGAGUCUUACGUCCCACAACAUGUUACUAGUGGCGUUCGUACUGGUAAGUUAUUAGCUAGGGAAACUUUAUCAUAGAUUCUCCACGCGAGGUUAUAGGUUCUCCAAAGUUCAUGACUCAUUUAGAAUGGGAUGACGAAUUUUCUACUGGUAAGCCGAUCAUUUUCAUAUACAUGUAUAUUGUUUGUAUUUGAUUUACUUGAAAUAAGCACCUUUGUCACCCAAGUGUUUUGCAGGUUUGUUUACAUCAGUGUCACUCCUUUGGUGUGGAUGUAUACGUACUAUGGACUUAUGGUACUUUUGACGCUUUUACUAUUUGAUACGAAAUUUAUGUAUGUUCUUCAAGCCAUUCUUAAUAUAUCAAAAUUGUUCUGAUGGACAAAUUACGUCAAGUUUAUUAUCUUUUGGUUAAUCUUUAUUACCUUUGUUUUGGUAGAAUAUUUUCAGUGUGAUGUUUUCCUUAUUCUAGCUCUAAGUUUUGAUGCAUCGGUAAAUGAUACUCUUGAUAUGACUGCUGUAAUCAAUGAAAUACACAAAAUGCCACUGGUUAGUUCAAUUGCUGCUACAAAGACUCCUGUAGAUACAGAAAGAGAGAACGAACAUUUGAAGCCACUAAAAGUAAUACAACUCACAGACGAGGAAAGAGAUGCAAUUAUGAGAUCAGAUAGAUUUCAUCGUUUCUUUGACAGGGCAUCACGACUGAUAGAACGAGCAUUAGAUGAACCUGCAGAUAUAUUUAUUGAUUAUAGUGGUGGAGAUCAUGAUGAUACCGGAAAUACCCAACGUCAUCAACUUGUAAGAUUUGGUCGUGACUUUUUUGAUGAUCGGUGGUCAAGAAGACGCCUAGUCACAGCAUUGGAUUGGUCACCAAUUUUUCCUGAGUUACUUCUUGGUGCUUAUCAUGCAAAUGAUGAAGCUCCACAUGAUCCUGAUGGAGUAUGUUUAGUGUGGAACUUGAAAUUUCAGAAAACAACUCCAGAGUAUAUUUUUCAUUGUCAGUCUGCUGUUACUUCAGCAACCUUUGCAACUUAUCAUCCAAAUUUGAUUAUUGGUGGGACAUAUUCUGGACAAAUUGUAUUGUGGGAUAAUAGAUCAACCAAGCGAACACCGGUACAACGGACACCAUUAUCAGCAAGUGCACAUACACAUCCAGUUCAUGCAGUUAUGAUUGCAGGAUCAUUGAAUGCACACAAUUUGUUAAGUAUAAGUUCUGAUGGAAAAUUAUGUACAUGGAGUUUAGAUAUGCUGGGUCAACCUCAACAAGCCAUGGAAUUAACACAUAGGCAAGCUCGUACUGUAGCUGCAACAUGCAUGUCAUUCGUAGAUGAGAAUGUUAACAAUUUUUUGGUUGGGUCAGAAGAUGGACGAGCUUAUGCUGGUUCGCGGCAUGGAAAUCAAGCAGGUAUCAGCGAUGCUUUUGAAGGUCAUCAGGCUCCUAUCACAUCAAUUUCAUCUCAUCCACUCAGAGAUUCUGUGACAAUUUCACCACUGUUUCUUACUACUUCUCUUGAUUGGUCCAUAAAACUGUGGUCUGUCAAGGAAACUCGUCUUAUAUGUUCAUUUGAAGAAGCUUCAGAUUAUGUUUUUGAUGCUCAUUGGUCGCCUAUGCAUCCAGCAGUAUUUGCAACUGUCGAUUGUACAGGAGGCCUUGAUUUAUGGAAUUUAAACCAAAACAGCGAAGUCCCAUCAGUUCGUACAGUGAUUCCCGGUCAACCAUCGUUAAACAAAUGUCGUUUCCAUUCAUCUGGUUCACAUAUAGCCAUUGGUGAUGAUAAUGGACGUAUUCACAUGUUCGACUUGAAUGAAACAAUGGCAAUCCCUCAUGCAGACGAGUGGACGAUGUUUUCACAUACAAUUAGCGAACUUCGACAGCUUGCGGUCGAACAGAAAGAGAACGAUACCGAUGCUUUGUUUGGACAACCCACUGUGCCGCCUAUACCUGUUAUUCACUGAACGGGAGCAAUUUACUCUACUAAACGACAAUUCCUAACCUUCUGCAUAAUUCCCUGUAUCGCAUAAUAAAUGUCUACUGAUCUU